GGAUUCACAGCAACUAGAAGUGUAAAGUUUGUCAAUAAUUUAAAAAGCUCCAGAAAAAUUCCGUUUUGAAAAAUGGUUUGGAAAAUGUUUGCUACAAUUUUUACUUUUGCACUAGUACUGGCUUAUGUUGCAGCAGAAAUACCCUCUUACAUUCAUGUAUGCGGUCGCCAAAAUCCGAAUCUGGAUCAAUGUAUUACGAACAGCAUUAACGAUAUGAAGGAUAAUAUUUGCAAAGGAAUACCGGAAUUACAGAGUCCACCAAUUGAGCCUUUUUUUGUUGACAAAAUAGCUAUUUCCGACGUAGAUAAUGCCAAAUUAUACCUUAGAGACGCAACAAUAACGGGACUUUGCGAUUUCACUAUAAAUUCUCUCCACAUAGAUCUUGAUAAGCUCCAUUUCGAUAUUGGUGUCAUAUUCAAAAAAGUUUUCUUGAACGGCACGUAUGAUUUUGAUGUACAUGUACUGGUGCCUUUUGUUCAGAAAGGACCCGUUUUUCUUACUACAGAAAACUUGUUAGCAAGUGUUGGCGUAGAUAUGAAAAUAGUAAACAAAAAUAAUAAGAGAUAUGUAUAUAUGUCAAAACUGAACUUGAUUCUCGACAUUAAAACAUUGAGCAGUAAGUUUGACAUGAACGGAGAGGAGAAAUCUCAAUUAAAUGAAAUUCUUAGUACUUUCCUAGGCAGCAAUGAAGAAGAAUUUAUCAACAGAGUUAAACCAACACUGGGAAAAGAAAUCUCUAAACAAGUACUUUCAAUUGGGAAUAACAUAGUUAAGCAUUUCACUUUCGACGAGCUCUUCCCUGAACGACCGUAAAUUGUUAGAACUUUAAGAUUUACUGUCACAAAGUCUCUCCGUAAAUUCGCCAUUCAAUUUGUGGGGCUUAUGGGGAUAAGAAUUUUGUGCAAAAUGCAUUUAAUAUGGUACAUAGUUACCAAAUUAUAAACUUAAUAAAAUUGCGAUACUGUAUUUUAUUAAA